AUGCUGAAGUCAGUUUACCGCGUGGGUGUGUAGUGCUUGGGUGGUUUUGUUAUAUUGCACUUCGAAAAAUCCUUUGUUGAAAAGUGCAUGAUAACUUAAAAAAAAACAAAAAAAGUCCAGUAGCACCUUAGAGACCCACUAAGUUUGUUCUUGGUAUAAGCUUUCAUGUGUAUGCACACUUCUUCAGAUACUGGCAUGCACACGAAAGCUUAUACCAAGAACAAACUUAGUGGGUCUCUAAGGUGCCACUGGACUAUUUUUAAAAAAUUUUUAUAUAUUUUAUAUAUUUUGACUGUGUCAGACCAACAUGGCUACUACCUGAAUUAAAAAUAUAUAUAUAAUUGAAUUUGAAACAUAUUUUAGGAAAGUAAGAGAUUUUUAGCAACUGUGGCAACAUUAAGUCAUGUUGAAUUUUGCUAAUGUGCGUGAUCGGCUUGCUUCUCAAUAAUAAAUAACGAGAGCGCUUCCAGGUCUUCUGUGUGUUUCCUAUGCAGUACAGUAUGCGCACCUUUGAAAUAGUGCUCUUCGAGGAUACAAUUUGAUACAGUGGUACCUCUGGAUGCGAACGGGAUCCCUUCCGGAGCAGAACGCAUCCUGAGCAGAACGCAAACCACGUCUGCGCAUGCAUGGGUCGUGAUUCGCCGCUUCUGCACAUGCGCGUGACGUCAUUUUGAGUGCAUGCGCAAGCAACAAAACCUGGAAGUAACCCAUUCCCUUACUUUUGGGUUGACACGGAACGCAACCCGAAAACGCUCAACCUGAAGCUACUUUAACCCGAGGUAAUGACUGUACUUGGUCAAUGCAGGCAGAGAAGGAAAGGGUAAGCUGGAGGAGCUGGAAGCAAGGUGGUUGCACUGCGGCCCCACAAAUAUACAGAAUUCAAGCACAGUUUAUUUGGGAGUAAUUCCCACUUAGCGCAACGGGGAUUGAUCUUAAGUGAAUAGGUGGUAGGACCCGGCUGCACAAACCUUAAGGAAUCUCCAGAUCUGUUCCUUUAACCUUGUGCAACUUUCAGCGCAAUCCUGUGCUUAUUUGAAACCGUCUUGAGUAAAUUCAGCAGCACAGCACACCUCCAUGAAGCCCCGUUGAGUUCAUAGAAGCAUAGAAUUGUUGAGAUGGAAGGGAUCACGAGGGUCAUCUAGUCCAGCUGCCUGCAGUACAGGAAUCUUUUGCCCAGCAUUCAGUGGGACUUGUUUUUGAAUAAGCAUAAUAGGAUCAGGCUACUUGACUUCAACCGUAAGCCUGCUUUUUUAGGUCUAAGGCUGUAAACUUGGGAAAAUUUACCUUGAGGUAGGUACCAUCAGACCUUUGAGUGAAUAUGCGUAGGAUUGCAUGGUAAAUCUCAUUUAGCUCAGGCUUACCUCAGAGUAACCAUGCAUAAGAUUAGAGUGUACAACAGCCCACUUUAAAAAGAAGGAAAUAAGCUUCUCCUUGUUCCCAGCCAAAAAAAGCCAACACCCUGGCUUCAUAGACUCAUAGAUAUGCUGAGAUGGAAGGGAUCCUGAGGGUCAUCUAGUUCAGCCCCCUGCAAUGCAGGGGUCCCAUACAGGGAUCGAAACUGCAACCUUGGCCUUAAUUCACAAGGCUUUGUUUGCAUAGUUUUGCAAGAUGAAAAAAUGGUACAUUCUAAAUUGAAUACACUUACAUAUAUAGAGAUAGAUAGAUAGAUAUUUACAUGACAACAGCUUGUAUCCAGUGCAUUACCUUCCCAUUUAUUGUGCAAGUUGGAUUGGUUAUCUGAAAAGCAAGAUUUUGCGGUCAAAGUCCGCCUCUGGAGAGGUGUUUACCCUGCUUGCAGAGAAAGGAAUCAGCCGUUCGAGACUCCCCUAGUGCCAGGCUGACGUCUGUCAAAGACAUGCCUCCUGGCAAAGCCCAAUUCCCGGGAGAAGUGGCGCGUUGGCUUCCUCCGAGAACCAAGGGGCAGACCUGUCAAAAUGUAACCGCCUGAAGCCGACAGAGAUUGCUCUUUGUGAAUGAUCAGUUUUUUCAGAUGCCCAAGUAAAACCUGACUUGAGUCGGUCAGCUUAGCACACCGACUAGACCCCCUAGCAGAGUGAUGAAGAGGAAGUAGAAAUGGGUGUGUUUGUUUCAUUUAUGUCCUUACCCCACAGUUCUUCCAACAAGCUCAGGGCCUUUCCCUCUUUUUAUCCUGGCAGCAACCCUGCUAGGUAGGCUAGACUGAGAGGGGGCAACUAGCUCAGGGUGAGCUUUGUGAGCCAGUGGGUAUCUGAACCAAAGUUAACUCUGCUGAGUAUGUAAAUAGCAUUUUAAGCAUUUGAUGCAGUGCCCAAUUAAACCCUGUGGAGGCCCCUAGGCAAUCUGAAUCUCAGCUCCCUUGUUCAUUUGCUAUAGUGGGGUAACAUGGAACUAAGAAAGCUUGAUUGUAAUUUUGUUUCAAGAUCAAAUUGAUAUUAUUUGGUAAUCCGCCAUAUUGGUAAUCCUCCUCUGCCUGUUUGGUAAUCCGGCAGUGGUUUGAUGUGCUUCACACACAUUAUCCUGUUGGAAUCCUUGCAAGAAGGCUUUAAGGCAAGUAUUACUAUUCCAUAAGCCAGAUGAGAGAGAGCAGGGCUUCCCUAGGGCACCUACUGAGCUGAUUUGAAUGUGAGGCUAAUGCAUAGCUCAUGCUGCAAUCCUUUACUUACAGUAUCUAGGAGUAAGUCUCACUAAGCUCCAGGGACUUACUUCUGAGAAGAAAUGUAUAGGGUUGCACACUGUCUGUCUUUCAGUCACUUUCUAUCACAUGCUGCACCACCUGUCUGUCAUUAGAUUAACCUCUCUACCUCUAGGUUAGAUCACUGUAAUGUGUUGUAUGUUGGCCUGCUUCUGAAGACUGCUCAAAAACUGUAUCCAGUGCAGAAUUCAGUGCAGACUAUCAAUUGAGAUCUGGUGAUCUGAACAUACAACUCCAUUUGUUGCCCAACUGCACUGGCUGCCAAUUUGUUUCUGAGCCCAAUUACUCAAUUCAAAGUGCGAUUUUUUUUACCUACAAAGCCCCACAUGGCUCAGACCCUCAUAGCUCAAGGCUUUUAAAUAAAACAAAUCUACUCCAAGAGGUAAAUCGUACUGAGUUCAGGGGGCUUACUUGCCAGGGUUGCAUGUGUAAGAGUGCAAUUCCAUGCACUUCUACUCUGAAGUAGAACAGGCCAGUGGAAACUACUCCCAGAUAAGUGUGUAUGGGUCCUCAGCCUUUGAUUUGUCAAAUUCAGCAGGAUUGUGGCAUACACACUAUGCCUGCUGUACCUCAAAGAAUUCUGGCCACUGUACUUUGUUAAGGGUUGUUAGGAAUUGCAACUUUGGGAGGGGUAAGCUACAGUGCCCAGAAUUCUUCGAGGGAAGGAAUGUGUUUUGCAUGUGCUUUAAAGGUCUAGUGUGCAUGCAAGUCUCCAAGCAUGUUGUGAGCUGUGCUCCAGGAACAUGCCAUCUUUCUUAAUAAGAGUUUUCAAAGCCAGCAUUAACCUGCAGCCCUCUGCAAGCCUGUUUGGGAGUAAGCUGCAGUGAGUAAAUACGCUAAGGCAGAGGUUUUCAACCUUUUUUGGGUCCACGGCUCCCUUGACCAACUAUAUUCUUUCUGUGGCACCCCUGUGGGACUCAGGAGCACAGUUAUGUCACCCCUUGCCUGCAGAGCCGGCAGCCCCUCUCUUCUCCCCUCUCCUUGGGAGUCCUCUGGGCAGCUGCAGCUGCCACCCCUGGUCUCUGAGUUGCCUCCCUCCCCCCAAAAGGGGUGCCUCUUCACACUGCCCCACAGGGGCCUGGGAAGCACCCCUGGCCAGCCCCAGGCACCAUUCCCCUGGGGAGCUUGUAGCCAGGGCUGCUGCAACAAACAGCUGUGCAAGCCUUUGGGAGGCAGAGAUGCAAGAGGGCCUCCGAGGAGGGAGGGAAGGAAAGAGGGACAGCAUUCAAGUCACCCCAAGGUGCCACGGCACACUGCUUAGCACACCUAGAAACAUCAGUUUUCAGUGGAAAUUACAUAGGCACUUCUCCCUGCCAUAGAGGUCAGGGGAACUCAAAACAUGCAGCUUAAAGGUGGUUAAGUCGGUGCCAUUUGCUUGCAAGUAACUGGGAAAGCUGCAAGGCAAAAGCAGAGUGAGAAGGAAAGGGAGAAACCUUAGACCGGUUUAAAAUGGGAGGAGGCUGCUCAGGGCAGCUCAGGAGGGAAAUGUGCAAUUAAGUGGGAAAAUCUCUUGGGAAAGAAAUUGUGUUGGGGGCAGCAGAGAUUGGGGGAAACUCAAAUGGUGUGCCAGUUUCAGCCUGAGCAGGGGCAGGUUGGGAUAGCAACCUGCAUGAUCCGUGGAGGUGGCUCUGCAGGUAAGCAGAGUAGGAGGCGCGUGGCGGGAAAGAAAGAGAAAGGCGGAGAUGAAGCGGCUUCAUGCUUUUAUUGCCUGGCUUCGUGUUUGGGGAAAAAUAGGAGAGAAAGCGAAAUAAUAUUUGCUACUGGGCUCUUUUUUUAGGGUCCUCCCCAGUACCCAAGUAGAACUUUGCAGUGCUUGCAAAAGUUCAGAGUUCUACUUUCCUUAAUUAACUGCUUCGGCCCAAGUUAAUUUUUCCUGCAAGGAAACCCCAGAUCCUUCACAACGUACAGGUGUGGCCCUCUCCCUUGGCAGUUUGAGUGCAGAAGUAGGUGGUGUGGAAAUCCUUCAGGGCACUUAGGUCCUGAACCCAUACACAGCUACAUGGGAGUUAUUCACACUGAACUUGGACUUAAGCAGAACCUCAAAACAGCAGUCCUGGCAGUUAGCGCCAUUUAACUCAAUGGGGCUUACUUAUGAGUAGACACAUAUAAGGUUACUUCAAAGUAAACCCCCUUAAAUAAAGUAGGAGUUACUUCUAAAUAAACAUGCAUAGGAUCUGCCUGCACACAUAUUGUGGGGAGGAAUUUGAAGGCUGAAUUAAGAACAAAGGACCUCUUGCAACAGAGUGGAGCAAUAGCAGAACAAGACUGGGUCCCUCCAGAUGAACUUUCUAUGGAGCAUUCAUCCUGAUUUGCUUGCAUAAAACUUGUGUGGAAGUUAGAUUGUUGCUGGUCUUUAUUGAACAUUGUGACUAUUUCCUUGUGGGAUAUCAUUCCUUCAUCCCACUCUUUUCAAUGCAUUUCCCCAUCACUUCCCAAAAAACAAAAGGUCAGAUUCUUCUUUAAACUGGGUUUGUUGCACUAAGGUGACAGAAACCUUUCAUCCGCUUUAAUUGCGCAAACCUAAAAUUCCAGUAUGCAGGCACAUGAAGAUGGCAGUCUGUGGCACCCUAUAAUGAAUGAAAAAUAUUGUUAUCCCUCCAAGCCAAGAUCAUCUGCAGCAGUCAUUGUCUGCAAAUCCAAGUCUGCCUGCAGGUUCAAUUACUACUCAGCUAUUUGGGGAGAAUACUGCCAGCUUGCUUUUCCUUAUAUAUAAGGGAAGCAGGUAGCUUUCAAAAAUAUGAGAACAGAAAACUUAAGGGAGGGCUUUGGUGUUUCCCGGGGGGCAGUGACUAGGCCUUCACAGAACCUGCCUCCUCUGGCUAUGUCUCCAUAAGCAUGCAACACUUUGGCUUUGUGUGAUAAAAAGAUCUCAGUGAGUGUAUUUCUGUUUUUGUUAGGGAACUGCUGCUUUGCUCUGUGAUGAAGGACAGGCGGAAGGGAGAGAAGGUGGAGCCAAGGAGAUGGGCAAAAACAAACCAUGUGAGAAGGAAUCUUUUUGGUCCUGUGGACCACAGUAAUCUGCAGCAGGACAUCCAGCACAUCUUGUGCACUAGCAUGGAAAAGGCAAAGUGGAGGUGGAACUUUGACUUCUGGCAAGAGGUUCCGACUGAAGGCCUGCUGCAGUGGGAAGAGUUGCAGAGCCACGAGGUCCCCCCCUUUUACCAUACUUGUGUGGUAAGAGAGGCUCCCAGACCCUUGCAGCCCAUGAACUGAGCCGCAGCCAAGGAACCCAAAGCUCGCCACAAUGGCAAAGUGAUGGAGAAACCCCCAAAGAUGGCAGGGAAGAAGAGUCGGCCUGGGAGGAAGCGGAGGCGGACCUCAUUGACUGGUAAGCAGCAUUUGCACUUUCAUUUAAUGUUUGUUGCUACCAGUAUGCAGCACCACAUGACAAAGGAUGCACAACCCAGAAAAAUCACUAUUCACAUGUCAGGUAUUUGGUAAUACAGAAAGUCAUGUUGUAGUAGCUGUUCCACUCCCAGUGGUGUCCUGCAUUUUAAAAUUGAAUUAGGAAGGCUGGGAAAGUUACAACUUUUCCCCACUGUGAGAUGGCUUGUGAGAUGUGAAGGCCUAAAGCUGUCAUCCUAAACCCACUUACUGGAGAGUAAACCCCAUUGAACACUGAAGUGCUUACUUUGGAGUAAACAGACGUAGGAUUCAACAGAAGUGUAGAGUUUUUAGAGUUUGAAGGGACCUGGGACUUCACCGGAUUCCACCACAGCAGAAGGCCAUCAAGCCUCCAGCCGUGGAGAGACCCCUAGUCCCACCCCGGGGAUUUCUUCAAUUGUUGAACAGCUCUUACUAUCAAAAGUGUCUUUUAACACUUAACUUUGGGCUGCGAUUUUUAUCCAAAUAACAAGAAUUCUCUGCACACAGAAAGGUAACUUGUAGCUUUAAAAGGGCUUUAGCUCAACCUCUUUUCUGACAUGCUAGUUUCCUCUGUGCAAGGUGAGUCCCAACCUGCACUCUAUAGUGGCAGAGUCCGGAUAAAGCGAGAACUAGGAAUCAGCUAAGUAAAUCUCAAGUUGAUCUGGUCCCAUAAUUUGUAUUUAAUUUAGACUUCAAUAGCAACUUUGUGGCCAAGUUGAUAUCGCUGCAUUAAUAUUGAUGUUGAUUAUCCUUAUCAUCAAAGAUUCUAACAUGUACGACAUGGUUGUUGUUGUUGUUUAGUCGUUUAGUCAUGUCCGACUUUUUGUGACCCCCUGGACCAGAGCAAACCAGGCACUCCUAUCUUCCACUGCCUCCCGCAGUUUGGUCAAACUCAUUCUGGUAGCUUCGAGAACACUAUCCAACCAUCCCGUCCUCUGUCGUCCCCUUCUCCUUGUGCCUUCCAUCUUUCCCAACAUCAGGGUCUUUUCAUAGAAUCAUAGAAUCAUAGAGUUGGAAGAGACCACAAGGGCCAUCGAGUCCAACCCCCUGCCAAGCAGGAAACACCAUCAGAGCACUCCUGACAUAUGGUUGUCAAACCUCUGCUUAAAGACCUCCAAAGAAGGAGACUCCACCACACUCCUUGGCAGCAAAUUCCACUGUCAAACAGCUCUUACUGUCAGCAAGUUCUUCCUAAUGUUUAGGUGGAAUCUUCUUUCUUGUAGUUUGGAUCCAUUGCUCCGUGUCCACUUCUCUGGAGCAGCAGAAAACAACCUUUCUCCCUCCUCUAUGUGACAUCCUUUUAUAUAUUUGAACAUGGUUAUCAUAUCACCCCUUAAUCUCCUCUUCUCCAGACUAAGCAUGCCCAGCUCCCUUAGCCGUUCCUCAUGAGCCAUCGUUUCCAGGCCUUUGACCAUUUUGGUUGCCCUCCUCUGGACACGUUCCAGUUUGUCAGUGUCCUUCUUGAAUUGUGGUGCCCAGAACUGGACACAGUACUCCAGGUGAGGUCUGACCAGAGCAGAAUACAGUGGCACUAUUACUUCCCUUGCUCUAGAUGCUAUACUCCUAUUGAUGCAGCCCAGAAUUGCAUUGGCUUUUUAGCUGCCGCGUCACACUGUUGGCUCAUGUCAAGUUUGUGGUCAACCAAGACUCCUAGAUCCUUUUCACAUGUACUGCUCUCAAGCCAGGUGUCCCCCAUCUUGUAUUUGUGCCUCUCAUUUUUUUUACCCAAGUGUAAUACUUUACAUUUCUCCCUGUUAAAAUUCAUCUUGUUUGUUUUGGCCCAGUUCUCUAAUCUGUCAAGGUCGUUUUGAAGUGUGAUCCUGUCCUCUGGGGUGUUAGCCACCCUCCCAGUUUGGUGUCAUCUGCAAAUUUGAUCAGGAUGCCCUUGAGUCCAUCAUCCAAGUCGUUGAUAAAGAUGUUGAAUAAGACCGGGCCCAAGACAGAACCCUGUGGCACCCCACUAGUCACUCUUCUCCAGGAUGAAGAGGAACCAUUGAUGAGCACCCUUUGGGUUCGGUCAGUCAGCCAGUUACAAAUCCACUGAGUGGUAGCAUAGUCAAGACCGCAUUUUACCAGCUUCUUUACAAGAAUAUCAUGGGGCACCUUGUCAAAUGCCUUGCUGAAAUCAAGGUAGGCUACAUCCACUGCGUUCCCUUCAUCUACCAGGCUUGUAAUUCUGUCAAAAACAAGAUCAGGUUAGUCUGACAUGACUUAUUUUUCAGAAAUCCAUGCUGACUAUUGGUGAUCACAGCAUUCCUUUCUAGGUGCUCACAGACUGUUUGCUUAAUGAUCUGCUCCAGAAUCUUCCCUGGUAUUGAUGUCAGACUGACUGGGCGGUAAUUAUUUGGGUCCUCUCUUUUCCCCUUUUUGAAAAUAGGGACAACAUUUGCCCUCCUCCAGUCUGCCGGGACUUCGCCUGUUCUCCAGGAAUUUUCAAAGAUAACUGCCAGUGGUUUUGAGAUCACAUCUGCCAGUUCUUUUAAUACUCUUGGAUGCAGUUCAUCUGGCCCUGGAGACUUGAAUACAUCUAAACUAGCCAAGUAUUCUUGUACUAUCUCCUUAGUUAUUCUGGGCUGUAUUUCCUCUGCUGAAUCAUUUGCUCCAAAUUCUUCAGGUCGGGCAUUGUUUUCUUUAUCGGAGAAGACUGAGGCAAAGAAGGCAUUGAGGAGUUCAGCCCUUUCUGUGUCCCCUGUUUGCAUUUCACCAUCUUCUGCUCUGAGUGACCACACUGUUUCUUUGUUCUUCCUUUUGCUACGAACAUACCCAUAAAAGCGAUUUUUGUUGCUGUUAACCUCUCUAGCAAGCCUGAGUUCAUUCUGUGCUUUAGCUUUUCUGUGUUUGUGUCUACACGUGCUGGCUAUUUGUUUGAAUUCCUCUUUGGUGGUUUCCCCCCUUUUCCAUUUUUUGUACACAUCCUUUUUAAUCUUAACUCAGUUAAAAGUUCUUUAGAUAGCCACCCUGGCUUCUUUAGGCACCUUCCAUGUUUCCGUCUCAUUGGUAUUGCCUGAAGUUGUGCUUUUACUAUCUCCCUCUUAACAAACUCCCAGCCAUCAUGAACUCCCUUUCCUUUUAGUAUUACUGUCCAUGGGAUCUCACCCAGCACUUCCCUAAGUUUUAUGAAGUCAGCUUUCUUAAAGUCAAGAAAUUGAGUCCUAGUAUGCUUGGCUGCUCCUUUCCGCUGUAUAGUAAACUUCAGAAGAGCAUGAUCACUCGCGCCUAAUGAUCCUUCCACUUCUACCCCACUAACCAGGUCAUCAACAUUGGUUAGGACCAGAUCUAAAAUGGCUGUUCCUCUUGUUGCUUCUCCCACUUCUGGACAAUGAAGUUGUCUGCAAGGCCAGUGAGGAAUCUGUUUGACCUUAUGCUCUUGGCUGAGUUUGACAUCCAACAAAUAUCUGGGUAAUUGAAGUCCCCCAUUACUAUCUCCCUUCCUUUUGCAUGCUUGGCCAUCUGUUCCAGGAAGGCAUCAUCUAUGUCCUCCGUUUGGCUUGGGGAUCUAUAGUAAACUCCCACAAUGAGUUCUCCUGCUUAGCUUCGGUUUUGUGCCUCCAAGUUCCAGAGUUUAAAGUUUUAAAGCUUUUCUACUCUGCCAAAGUAUCAAUCUGUCAAAUUAUAUCUCUGUCUGACUGUCAACUUGUAUCUUAAAGUUACCCGAAGAACAACUUGAGACAACUAUAGCCAAUAUGUAUCCAAAAGAAAAAGAGUCUCUUAAAACUGAAAGUUGCUAAAAAAUCUCCAUUGGCUGCAGUUACUAUGCUCUGCUCCCAUUCACAAAAAGUCCCCUUGCAGAGCCUGUCCACAGAAAUCGGAAGCUGACUUCCUUUUUGGCUUCCAUUUUACCAAAUCAAUUAAUUUACACCUAAUUUCUUCUUUUUGAAGCUUUAUUUGGUUUUAAACCUCUAAUUGGAAAAUCCACUGCUUAUGGUGACGGCAUGUGGCUUCGGCUGUAGGGUGCGAUGGAGCCGUGAGCUGACUCAAGCCUCUUCCCUUCCCCCCUCGCAGAAACAGCGAUGGGCAGGUCUGGGUUGCGGCGAGUUCUCCGACGCUCUGCUGGACCCCUGGAGUCCCCACUUGUGUGGGGGGUUUUUUCGGGGGGGUGCCUAAGGAUUACUGAAGUAUUGAAUGUCAAUUUCUUAGAACUUAGCAUAAGAAAUAUAAAAUGCUAAGCAGUAGUAGCAGAGAAAUGUUACUUCUGUGUAAAUAAGCAGUUGUAUACGUCUCUAGAUUUAGGUUCCAGCAGAAAUGUUAUUGUGUGCAUUUUCUGCCUUCAUCUGUUUCAUAUUAUGUAAAGUAUUCAUAUUUUGCUCAACUCUAAGCAAAAGGGUUCCUAGAGCCAUUCUAGAGCCAAAGACCAUUCAUAAGGCAGCCUCUGUCCUUGGACUUACAAUCUAAAAGACGUGACACAAAAGGAUUGGGCGUAAAGAGUGAGACCGUGACACACACACUCACCGCACUAGCUCUUACUUAAAAAGCUCUCAUGGUGGAAUAGAAGCAGUGGCAGGACACGAGGAGCCAAGUGUUGCAAGACUUUCAGCUGAGCUUUGCUUCUCUCCCUUGAUUUGCAGCCUGCUGGAAUGGCAUAGUAUCCUAGAAAUACCCAGCUUUGUACAGAAAAUGUUAAAGGUUUGUUCCUUCUUGGACUCGAAAGGUUUGAACCUUUCAGACUUCAUUACUGAGAGCCAUUCUGUACAUUACAUUCAGAGUGAGAUGGUAAACCAAGCUGAGAGGAUUCUGGACUGCGGCACUUCAGCCUGUAGGAGGAUUUCUUGCACUUUGUGGUGCGUUUCCCAAAGUAAAACCUUCUGCAUGUGGUUAAGCUACAUCAGGAAAUAGAUGAUACAGGUAAAUCUUUAUAUGUGAUAUGUUGGCUUUCUAUAUGCAGGUAGUUUCCCUUUUGCUUUUCUUGGCAGGGCUGGCAGCAGAUAAAAUAGGAUGAGUCCAUCUGAAGUGGUGCUGUUCAGAAUUCUACUGCUUGACUCUGUGAUGUGGCCGUUGGAGCUCAGAGCAGCCGCACUGUCUCCCUUGCUGUCUCAUUUCUAAUUCUAAUUCACCUGUUUGUUUGGUUUUGCCACAGAUUAUUACCAAGCAAAGAAGCAGAUCAGAACGGAUAUGCAAACUCCUGUAAAGAAACCGGCCUUCUAG